GGUUAAUCGUUGAACGGCGGACCAUGGAGAGAGACACAUUUUCAUUUUCAAAAUUGAACACUUUUUCUUUAAAAAUGAUAUAUUUCUUGUUUGGGCCACGAUUGACCCAGACUGCGGCGUUCAAAGGUUAAUUCGGUCGGAUCGUUCGAUUCUAGACGGACGUAGAACUGGACGAUCUAACUAGAGGAGAUCGUUCGAAUUAUCGUCCGACACCUUCGAGCAUAACGAAUCAAUUUAUGGGCCGCAAACGCAAAUGCCGGUCGGUCACCGAUCGGCCUACCAUCGCAUGAAUUAUUGAUAUAUCAGGGCAGGUUGAAUCGGUAAUGGUCCAGCUGGUAUAGUACAGGCGGAUGCCUAUCGGGCAGACCGGGUACAGUUUCGUGGAGGGCGUGUUCGCGUUGUCGAAAAGCAAGCAAUGCAGAACACGGCAACCCUCGAGGAAUUCCAGCGUCUGCGCCCCCGUAAACAAGAACUUCACGCAUACCCGUUUAUUUUGGAGAAUCCCUGUAGAUCGGCCGCCCUCCCGGAAAUACCGUACACAUACCCCAUCAGGAGCAGAGGGUUGCAACGGACUACCGCAUAUCUGAGGUUGUCCCGCGUACCUACCUGCAUUUACGUGUACGCGCUUGUCACAUAUUUUCCCUCGGUUCGAGCCGUUUCGCUCGGCUAAACCGUAGCCCCCCUGCGGUUCGCGAUUACCAGACUAUUUCGUUGGCAAGUUUGAUGGAUUAUCGGGUACCGAUCGCCGCGCUCUGCGCUUGCCCGAAUCUCCUCGAAUAUUUCAACCCCCUCUCGUCGUUCCCUAAAAUUUUCAACGUUCGCGCUUCGCAUCCGGCGUGUACGUUGAUAUUCACGGUGGAUACGCGUUCUAAGUAGAGCAACCCCCGGAAAAUCGUUGUUUUAUCCUUCGAGCUUGGGGAAACUCGCGACAACCGUCUCGAGAAACCACGCUCAAACAAAUCUCCAGUCGAUAUCCUCUCGACGGUCGUUCAACAAGUAACAAACCCGCGUCUCCGGUUUCCGGUACCGUUUCCCCAUUCUCGAUCGUCCUCCAGCGAGAUUAUUAAUGCAGCUUCUUCGUUGUUCUUCCUAAUUCAACGAAAUGAAAUUCUUUCUUCUCCCUUGCUUUUGAUAGCAGUUAAUCCUCGCAAAUUGCCGCGGAGUAUCGUUUUAUUAUCCUUCCCGUUUGAAUAACGCGGAAACGUGGAUUUCGUGUUAUUCGAAACUCGUGGGCUUUUCUCAAAGGAACUUUAAUCGAAAAAAGAAUCGUGUCCCGCGAACAGAGCUUUAUAGCGAUCUUUUAAUUUAGUAGGAUACACCUGUCAGUUUCGUGGAACCAGUAAACGCUUCGCGAUUUCAUUUGUCGAUAACGAUAUCCAUUCGGUGUACGAUCGACCCAUUAACGUCUUCGUCCUUUAGGCUUCGGAAAAUCCCUCGGUCGUUUCAUUAAAUCAACGAUUUCGAGCUCGUCAGCGUCGAACUAUUCGAGCGGAGCGACGAGAAGGGAUGAAAAAUACGAGGAGGGAAAGAAAGGAAGAGAGAAGCUACGGCAGCUAUGUCCGAUAUGUCCGCAUUGGAUAAGGCUUCGUUUCUAUUGUACAAUUUUCAACGAAAAAGAGAAACGAAGAGAAGGACAGGUGCGAAAACGGGGGAGUGAGAGGGAAUCGAGUAACGUAAGGCAACCACCUCCCGGUGUCUCUCUUCGUUUCUCUUUUUUUCUUUUUCCUAACCACCCCUUCCGCCCCUUUGCCGCUUCUGCACUUCGUUCAGCUCCCUCUGACGAGUCGACCUCGCACCGCCAGUGUCAGUAUCGACUGGGAUACCUCGUGGAGAGAACGGCAACGAGGAAGGACAGAGGGUAGGCGAGAUGCUGAACACGUACAAGUGGAACGGAAAGCGCAGGGUAGAUCAGGCUGGGGAGACAGAGAGGGAGAGACAGACAGAGCGACUCGUCGAUUUUCGAGCGUCGUGCACAGUGCCGUCCGAGGGUGCACCCUCGGCGCUGUCAGAAUUCUUCGGAAAAAAAUCCUCCCCCACCUUAGAACUGCGUACAAGAAACAUUGUCCAUGGACCUUGCAAGAAUUCCUCCCCUGAUCGAUCGGUAAAUUGAAAAAAAAAAGAAAAAAAAAAAAUUCUUCAAACCUGCCGAAUGUUACGAAUCGACGACGAAAGAUUUCUACUAUUCGAGAUUCGAAAAGAAUAAGAAAAUAAAGCUGUAGAGGUUCGUCGGCGCGUCGCCGCCUCGAGGUUUCCACAUGGUCUCGCCGUUCAUCUCGGGUUAGAUUCGUGUAAACUCGCCGGUUGUCGGUCGGUUUCGUUAGCCGGUCCUGUCGGUGCUGCCACAUGGCCGUGCGUCGUGUUUUGCGGGCUUCGCAAGCUUUCAGGGGCGGCACCUGGCUGGUGGGGGUAGAACGUUUGGUCGGUAGUACACGGGGGUGGUGGUCGCGCGCGCACGGGUGGCGUCGCUUCGGCUACGUUCGGUCGAGUUCGCAAGCGAUCGCGAGCGUCUCGCGUCGGGGCUUCCACAUGGGUUGGUAUUGGCUCCCGGGGCGCAGGGUGGCUUGGUGCGGCGGGGCUCUAACCUGAGAGAGACUCUUUCGGCGUAGAGAGUACAGCGAACGCGACGAGGGUGGCGUGUAAGGGUGAAGAAGCGAGAAGGAAGUAUCCGGUAGAAGGGUAGGAGGGAGAUGAAAGAAGGGAGAAGGCGAAUGCGCGAACUAGAGUGAGCAAGAGGCUGAGAUACGGCUCGCCACAACACCCCGUUCCUCCACCUCCGCCAUCCGCCUCGCGUCCACCUCCUCCGCCUGCCGCGGAACGGGCAGAGCGUCAGUGCUAAGGUGGGUUGCUCGGUCGGAACAUUGCCAGAGAGAGAGAGACGCGUCCUGGGAGUGCCUGCUGCACCGACACCGACUCCCUGGUGCAGCACCCGCAGCGGUGCAAGGAUCGAGUGAACGCGCGCACCCUUCAGCUCAGUGAGUGACUGACUGGACUUGACUGAUCGUCACGCGCCUAAACCGCGUACACGCGCGUCAACAGGCACGCGAGUAAGAUCGGGCUGGCAAGAAAUAAUAGAGAGGAACGUGAACGGGAACGGAAACGGGAACGGGAACGAGAACGGAAGCCAGCUGCCAGCAGCGUUCGCCGUUUUGUUCGUUGGGAAACGGUGUAGGAAGCUCGGUGACCGAGAGGAAUAGCAGGCACAGUGCGUCGAGUGCGAGAAAACCCCUCGGGAUAUUUGCGUCGCGAACGUGCAACGAGUGCACAACGCUCGUAAUCAUGAGAGAAUCGAAGCGUUGCAGGAGGCUGGUCGAAACCCUCGUCACCGGUGAGACGACCGCGACGACGACGACGACGGUAACGGCGACUACCACGACGAAGACGACCACCGCGAGAUUUCGUUUGGUCGGUUAGACGCGUUACACGUAUGUACGUGCGCAUCGGCGAGAAGCGGACAGAAAAGCUGGACGAGAGGGUGAGGGUGGAAACGAAAGGUGUGUCGAGGAGACGAAAGUCGAAGUCGGUAGGAGGUCAGCGUGGCUUCAGGGUGGCGGUGGCCGAUAGUGAUGGUAGUGGUGGUGGUGGUAGUAGUGGUGUAGUGGUGGGUGCUGCGAGCGGUGAAUGAUCGUCGUCAGCCUCGUGGAAGAGGCGGCCGCCGCUUAUGCGGUCUGUCGCGCGUGCCGCAUCAUCGUCGCCAGCGAAUGAUCGCGAGUCCGCGUUGGAUAGAAUCGUCGGAGAGGAGGAAACGAAAGAGGAAAAGAUUGGAUCAGGGUGAACGGAAUCGGUAAUCGUCGUCGAGUUUCGUCGCCGUGGUCCUGUGAAAAAUUUCGAAGAAAUAUCGAAGGGAUAAGACGAGAGUCGGAGAAUUAGAAAGGUGGCUGAAAGUAGUCCGCGGUCGUCGAGCUGGCGGCUGGCAGGAGCCGCUGGGUUAUGGCAAGCUGGAUCGCGUUCGGGGAUAUUUUUAAAGGAAUCAUGACGAACGCGUCGUCGAGGAGAACGUACGUGUCCAGCAACACGAGGAUCUCGAGGACGCGCAGGUCGAGGACAACGGGUACGAGGACGAGUACGAUCGCAUGCAGAGUAUCAUCGAUGAUGAAUGUUGUUGGAUCGAGGACGACGAGGAGGUUAGCGAGCGAAGCGUUUUUCAAGAUCGUUCCUGCGAGCAGCCUGUCGACGAUUCUGUGUACGCUGGCGCUGCAAGUAACUGUAAUCGGUGGCGGUGCCGUAGUCCCUGGCUCGUACGUUCUCGGGCCAUCGAAUGGCUGGUAGCGCGGACGAGGCAAUCCUAGUAUAUACGGUGUCUCUCGUUAAUCACACGUUAUAGAAGCAGUGCGGUUGUUGUGCCGUCCCGGAUCUGUUCCGCGAAGCUGUCCGGCCCUUUUGUUUUGUUGUCGUCGGUCUGGGUAUACAUUCGUAUACAUAUAUAUAUAUAUAUCGGUGGUGCCGCGUCCUUCUGGUGGGUGUUGGUGUUGUUGGUGCGCCGUCUAGCGAUACCCUCGUGUUCACGUUUCAGUUGACGGUACCGGUGCCGGCCGGCCGGUCGCGUCCUGCCCGCAGUGCGGUCGAGCCUCGGCUAAAACCAAACCAGGCCCAGCCGACCCCGUUUAUCCGCGCGUCUCACGCUGACCUCUCGGUGACGUCUCUCGGUCCACGGUGACUGUCCGCGACCACACGGGGUUGACGCGCGCGGCCACCCUUACGACGACUAGCUACGACGCGACCACGGUCACGGCGACGCCGGGAACCGCGUCAGAGACGACGGCGACCACAGCCACUACGACCACGACGACGAGUACGUGGGGGAUAUGUGCGGGUGCGCCACGUCCACGCGACGAGGACUGGGGACUGCUGCGGGUAAAUCGGCACGGCGCACCAAGUCCUCGUGCUCGUUACACAGCACGCCCGGGAUACGGUAGCUCGUCCUUCACCCUAACUCCUCAUCGACGCCCGCGGGCAAUGUGCCCACCCGCCGGCAGAGCAACGGGUGGACAAGGCGUACGAUGCUUAGGGAUGCUUGCUCGAACGACGGUGGGAAAGGCUGGUGGCGAUGGUGGUCUAGGUUGGGCGGAUUGCUGGCGAUGGCGACGGCCAUUUCCUGUCUUGUUGCCCCGUUUCCGGGUGCCUCGGCCAAUCCGGAAGCGAAGCGUCUCUACGAUGACCUGCUGUCGAACUACAACCGCCUCAUCCGCCCUGUUGGCAACAACAGCGAUCGCCUCACUGUCAAAAUGGGACUACGCCUCUCCCAGCUCAUCGACGUUAACCUGAAGAACCAGAUCAUGACGACGAACGUUUGGGUGGAACAAGAGUGGAACGAUUACAAGCUGAAGUGGAACCCGGAUGAUUAUGGCGGUGUCGACACCCUCCACGUGCCGUCGGAACAUAUAUGGUUGCCGGACAUUGUUCUUUACAACAACGCCGAUGGCAACUACGAGGUGACCAUUAUGACCAAGGCGAUUUUGCACCAUACGGGAAAGGUCGUGUGGAAACCGCCGGCUAUCUAUAAAUCAUUCUGCGAGAUCAACGUGGAGUACUUUCCCUUUGACGAGCAGACUUGCUUCAUGAAGUUUGGUUCGUGGACUUACGACGGGUACACGGUGGACUUAAGACACCUGGCCCAGACGGAGGACUCGAACCGGAUCGAGGUCGGGAUCGACCUGACCGACUACUACAUUUCCGUCGAGUGGGACAUCAUAAAAGUGCCUGCCGUGAGGAACGAGGCGUUCUACAUAUGCUGCGAGGAGCCCUAUCCAGAUAUCGUGUUCAAUAUCACCCUGCGCCGCAAGACCCUCUUCUACACGGUCAAUCUGAUCAUACCGUGCGUGGGCAUAUCUUUCCUCUCGGUGCUGGUGUUCUACCUUCCUAGCGACAGCGGUGAGAAAGUCUCGCUGUCGAUCUCGAUACUGUUGUCGUUGACGGUGUUUUUCCUACUGUUGGCCGAGAUCAUACCGCCCACGUCGUUAACGGUGCCGUUGCUCGGCAAGUAUCUAUUGUUCACGAUGGUGCUUGUCACCCUGUCCGUGGUGGUGACGAUAGCCGUGUUGAACGUGAACUUUCGUUCGCCCGUCACCCAUCGUAUGGCCAAAUGGGUGAGGGUUGUUUUCAUACAAGUGUUGCCGCGAUUCCUUCUGAUCGAGAGGCCGAACAAGGACGACGACGAGGAGGAGGAUGAUGAUGAGGGGGUAAGGAACGGAGUCGGUGUCGCCGGUAUGAACGUCGACGGUGAACAGGUUGACGACGACGACGACGACGACGACGUGGAAGCGAGCAACGGGAAACCGGCCGAGGGCAUGCUCACCGAUGUGUUCCAUGUACCAGAGACUGAUAAGUACGACACGUAUUACGGUAAAAGGUUCAGCGAGGAAUACGAGAUACCAACGCACGGGUUGCCACCGACCGCCACCAGGUACGAUCUAGGUGCGGGCGGCACCGUGGGCACCGUAGCACCAUGCUUCGAGGAGCCGCUACCCUCGCUCCCACUGCCGGGGGCUGACGACGACCUUUUCGGCCCGGCCAGCCCCGCUUAUGUUCACGAGGACGUCAGCCCCACCUUCGAGAAGCCGUUGGUUCGCGAGAUCGAGAAGACCAUCGACGACGCUAGGUUCAUCGCUCAGCACGCUAAGAACAAGGACAAGUUCGAAAGUGUGGAAGAAGACUGGAAGUACGUGGCGAUGGUGCUCGACCGGAUCUUCCUCUGGAUAUUCACAGUGGCCUGCGUGGUGGGCACGGUGUUGAUUAUCCUACAGGCGCCGAGCCUGUACGACACCACGAAGCCGAUCGACAUCAAAUACAGCAAGAUCGCGAAGAAGAAGAUGAUGCUGAUGAACAUGGGCCCGGAGGAGGAUUAGUCGACGAUCCCGCGCGGCUUCGCGCCGCGUCGAUCGCAUCGGCGACGUCGUCGUCGUCGUCGUCGUCGACGUCGGCGUCCGCGUCGUUCAGCGGGACCGCGUCAUCGAAACUGCCGAAUUUCGCGUCGAUUCCACGAUUCCCGUGGAGGAACCUCUCUCGAUCGUUGUUGCCGGAGCUGAUUCCGGGCUGGUGAACGGAGGAGCAGAUCCAGCAACGAGGAGGCAAAAAUGCGAGCGAAAGAAAGAAAGAAAGAAAGUUUGAGAAAAGAAAGGCACGGAGCUUUCGUUGAAGAGUGACGAAACCGUGUAUCCGUGGCGUUGAUCUUUCCCUCUGCGAACUUUUACCGAUCGAUCCUUCGAUCCUGAACUCUCACCGAUGGAGGGAACGGGGUGAAAUAGCGCGCGUUCGAACGAGUGGAUAGCACGAGUGGAUCGUGAAUGAACACGAACGAGCAAAAGGGAAGCGUGUAUGCGUGUGUGAGUGUGUUCGAGCGACGAAAGAAGAGACGGAAAGCCGAUGAAGAAAUCGGCGACGAAGGUAUCGGACGAGGGAUAGAAACCGGUGACGGUGCUGGAGGAAUAGAAAACGAAGAAAGAGAAAAUAAUUGAGAGGGGAGAAAAAGUGCCAAAUACGCGAAGACACGCGCGCAACGUAUUUUUGUAAAUCUGGUUUCAUACGUAAGGCUAGAGUCGUGCGGCGAGACGUCGAACUGCCCGAACUGCCGAUUUUAUAUAAGAAGACGUUUACACGCAGCAGCUACGAAGACGCGUACAUCUCUACACACCCGCAUACGUACAUACACAAACAUACAGACACAUUAACGAAUCACUCAUUACAGAGAAGCGUGACAGGAAAUUCACGUGGUAACGAAGCGCGUAAACAAAAAAUUUAUACGUAAAUGUAAACGAGUUAAACGAGAGGGAGAGAAUAGGAGGAAGAAGAUCGAGGAAGAGAUGAGGAGGACGCGCGCUGUUUCUCGCGUGCGUUCCUUAACGCAUCCCCUUUUGCUGUGCACACGUGUACAUAGGUAUAUAGAAAUUAUACAUCUAUUACAUUGCGUAGAUAAUAUAAUCGACGAUCUCAGCGUAUGAGCACAACGCGAAAUAUUCAUCCGCAUUCUCGACACAUCGUAUCAAAUAUUCAUGACGUUGCGUUCGCACAACCGAGGCGCAUCGUCGUUGAAGAUGAAGAAUAGGAGAAAACAUAGGGAGCAAGCGUAGCCCACACGACGAAGGAGGAUUCUUCGGCCGGAGAAUUGCUUCCGGUGAUAAAGAACGAGUCGUCGAGGCGGAGAUUAUUAUGCCAGGAAGCGUGCGGCAACCGGGGUUGAAAAGAAACGAAAAUAAAAAAGAGAAGGAAAAAGGAAGAGAACUGAAAAUUUUCCUCGUUUUUCCUCUUUCCUAUCCGAUCGUCGAACGCGGCAACGGCGCUGCCGGACGGAUUUCACGGUCUCAUCGACAGUUUUUUAAUUUAUCUUCGCAAUUGUUCCGGACCAGAGCGCGGCUCGAUAUUAUCAAGACGAAUCAUUCCAUCGAACGCGCCGUUGCGAGCGGGAUAACUCGAAAUCGAUUCGAUUCCUGGCGACUCCUUCGUCGUGCGUGUUCCCGUGCAAGCGAGAGGAUCGCGAGCGGAAGACACUCGCAAACAACUGCCAACCGGACGAACCUCUGACUAACUCGAACGUUAUCGAUGGAUCGAGUACGAGAAAACAGGACAACGAAUGUGGAAGGAUUCGGUGCCAGGAUGCAGAAAACUAGGAAGGCAAUUGUUUCGAUGUUACAGUGCCAAUCGAGAUUUCGGCUGUUUCCUUUUUACCUAUCGACAUUUUUGGCGAGCUUCUUCCUUGAAACGGCUACUCGAACAUCCAGAUAGAACUUGAAGAAUCUCCAAUCGUGUCUCCCAAGGAAUAAUCCUUGAUUUUUUCCUACGGCUUUUUAUUGAAACGACCGUCUUUCAGGAACCUUCUGCCCUCGACAAUUCUGUGAUACGUCUUCCUGCCGUGAACCCAACGAAACGUCGACCUUUCAGCUCGAUCGAGGAAAGAAAAAAGAAAGGAGAAAGGGAUCAGAGUUUACGAAGGACCAACGACUGCCAUUCUACGGUGCGUUUCGUUUCGCGGAAACCAGACGUACGCCGAGUUUUCUCUUCUUCUUGGCCGGAUCUCGUGGCUGGCUGGUGCAGCGGAUCGAUACCACCCCCGUAUAGCGAAGGAAACGGGCAAAGGACGACAAAGGAAGACGCUUAUAAUUCGAAGAACUCGAAACCUGUAUUCUGAUUAUCGAAUGAUUUGAAAGAAGGAGCACUGAUACGCCAGAAUUUACAAAGAUAAUCCGAAAGAAAUAGUUCAGUUUCUAUUCAUUAUAUGUAAACUCGAAAUUGUGUUUGUUCUUUAAAUGGAAAUAAGGAUGUAUAAAAAUUUAUGAAAAGAACGAGGGAUCGUAUUGUAAACAGCUUCGUUUUUACCCUCCGAAUGUAAUCACGAAACCAUGGAAAUUUAUAAGGGAGAAUAAUUUUCAGUGUGGAAGAAGCGAGCUUGAAAAGCAGGAAGAAUAAUAUCGUCGCAAGGAUAUAGAGGACGGUGCAGCGAGUUUCCUUUUUGUUCUUUAAAUGCAAAUUUGGAACUAUGAAAAUUUAUGAAAAGAAUCAAGAAUCGUGGUAUCGUGAACGGUUUCGAUUUUCCCCUCUACGAAAGUACAGAAUUUUAUAAGGAAAAUAAUUUUCGAUAGAGGAAGGGAUGAAGGAUACCGCGUUGCAAGAGUGUGCAGUGAUAGAUCUGAAACAGUGCAAUUAAUUUCUUUUUUCUUUUUACAAGGUAACUCGAUGUAUCAUUGAUAUCGUACGUCGUCAGACCGUCGAAGAAGAGUUCUACCGUUCCCGAGACCUCUCGUCAGUCUUUCAAUGCACCCGAAACUCCCAGAAGCCUUACGUUAUCAUUCGACCUCGCCGUAUACCACGUUCAGUCUUUCAAGAAUCAUUUUUCACGUUCAGACGACGCUCAAAUCGGCUCGAACAUUUUUCAUUGCUCGAUGGAAUCCUUCCUCGAACGCCCAUCAAACUGGCCACAUGGAGCGAGUGACCGACCGCGUAUAAACUCGUGCCACAACAGACAUUUUUACUCCGACAAUGCGGAGUCGCGAUGAAGGGGUACACAGCAGGCAGCUACGUCCCCUUCGAAGCGGUAUAAUAAUCAAUUUAUUUGCUCACGUAAAGGUAACGGUAUAAUAUAUAUUUAAUAUGUGCAUAUAGGUAUAAACGGGAGAGAAUUAAUUACACGAGAGAACUAAUUAAUCGCAUAGCCGAGGAACGAAACACUCGUCGAGACGGUGGCGGUGGUGGUUAAUGGUGGUGGUGAUGGUGGUUGCUAAUGGUGUGGUGCGUGGGACGUAUUGUUACGCUGAUCCAGGAACACGUGGCUGUGCGAAGUUUGGGUGUCGGGAAAUCUGAUGAUCCGAGAUGAUGCUACGGGAUAUACGUGUUUUCGAAAAUUCAUGGGGGUGGAAGAGAAGAUAGAACCAACAUAAAGUGGCUUUCAAACUUGUUUUUAUCGAUGGCGUAUCGCUGCAAAGAUUAACUUCUUCACGAAAAUAUUGGACUUUGAGGAAUGUUUAUUUAGAACGAUGCUGUCGGAAAUUGGACAGGUUAGUUAAUAAUUGAAUUCGUUAUGUACAUUACCGAGCAUGGUAGGUUUCACUGAGGAACAUAAUCCCCCCCCCCCUUGGUUCCUGGGUUGAUGGCCCUCACCAUAGGCCACCCCUUUCAGGGGUUCCCCAGGUCCCAGUCCCCCCGGGGACUUGCCCCUUCUCGAGCUCCCGUCCGUCCUCGGUGACGGUCCCGAGAAGAGUGACCGCUCACAGGUGUAGGCGUCUUAUAUAUAGGCCUGCGGUGCCCCCCACCACUUGACCAUGCACGCCUACGCGCGAAGAUUUGAAUUGAUAUUUACCUUACAUUCGUGUUUUCCAAUUAUAUUCGAAAUUUUAUCGACACUUAAUGAUUAAAAAUUAUGUUAUUUAUUUUUCUAAACCUUUUUUAAUAAUAAUAUCAUUAAAAUUAAGGUUCUGCUUCCCUUUUAACAUUAUUUUUUCUAAGGAAAUCUAUCGUGCUCGAUAUUGUACAUGGUACAAUUCGAAGAAUACAGUUUGAUAAUCAUUAAACAAUAUAUUUUAAUAAUAUAUUAUCUUUGAUAUAUCGAUUUGAUAAUGAUAUAAUUAUUUCACGAUUAUCAAUUACUUUGGUUAAUUGUUUAAUUAAAUUUUGUCUUGAAUUUGAAUAAUGGACUUAAAUGUUUGCGUUUGUUCGAAACAUUCCUCGUUGCAACAAAUAACUCGGUAAAGUUUCAUUGGUGGAAAUCGCGAAUGUCGAAACAGUGUUCACGAAGUAGAAUUUUCGGUGUAUACCCAAGGAAAUUGUUGCUGCCGCGUUCUACCGCGUCGCAUUGUUUACUGACCGUGUCUCUAACUUCCUGUUCCCGGUUAUUAAUUUACGACACUGCUUAAAUCAGACUUCAAACGCGAAUCGGCCACGCUUUCUGAAGUUAUUACGCGAACGUCACGCGGCAACGUAAUGUACGAUGUUGCGUCGACGGUAGAAACUGGGUCACCGGUUUGAAAUUACGCUCGCCUCGAAACAAUUUUUCCCAACAAAUCAUAGAACCGAAGGAAAACAAUGUUCCCUCGUAUCUACGUAUUGUUGAACGAAUUUCAAUCGAAAUAAGACGAGAAAACAUCGCGGUUGUUUGCUUAAAGAGAAGAAAAUUUUAGAAAUACAAUUACCGUUUAUUCGAGUCGUUAAAUUAAAUGAACCGCGCUUGAAAUACGAGUUAAUCGUAACGAUAUAAAUAAUAUGUCCUUACAGGAGGGUAUAAUUUCUCUGUCUGAAGAGAGGUAUCAUAAAUCAACCUUUAAAUGGCCGGCACUGACGAAUAUUCUCGGGAAAAGAGAAACGCGAAAAGGUUAACCGUAACGACACAUUAAAUUAACUCAGACCGUGCGAAAUCCCGUCGUUACAGUUAAAGAAUUAGCUUACAUUAAUUAUCGCGAAACCGCUUAAUUUUCCUCGACGAGCUCGCUGCAGAAUUUCCAAAUUUUGUUACGGAAUCGUAGAGUUUUCCUCUUGGGAAUUUUCUCACAGGUGUUAAUGUUUUAUUAAAAGUGACAAAGUUAAUCGAUGCAGCGUUUGAAAGAUGAUGGAAACUACCCCUUUCUCUACCACCCCCAUUGUUUGGAGAAUAUAAGAACGAUUGUUGAUACGAUUAAUAUCAAGGCCAGUGUAAACGAGGGAUUUUCAUCUUUGCAAUUUUUCAAUAAUGAUAUUUUUAUUUUAAAUUUGUAUUUUGGAAUAUUUUAAAAUUUUCUCUAUUAACAACCCAUAUGUUUAUGUAUUAAAUUAUUUAACUCAAGACCCAAGUGUAAUUAAAUCAUUUCCAUUUCGUGUUAACAAUUUUGAAAUUUUAUUAAUUGGUAAUGGGAGACUAAAUAAUUAUAAUUAAAUCACUCGUCUACACUGAGCCUCAAAAAUCAUGCAAAGGAUAAAAGAAAUGAAGAAGAAGGUUGUUGAAUACGAUAACGACGUGGAAUGAAGGAUUUCUGGGUUCUAGAGAUAUUGUCGUACGUUAAGUUGGUACUCGUUGAUAAUAAACGUUGAUAAUCGAUUGUGACAAUGAAAAACAGGGGGAGUGCGAUUUCUCGUGGAUUGAAUUUCAUUCAGAGUCUCAUUGAUCGUAUCGAUCGACAGGCUUUACGAAUUGCCGCGAACGAUUAGGGUUAAUUAAUAGACGAAUCUGUUUGAAUCUGCUUCGAUCCACCGAGAUCUUCAACGAUACUCGUUUCGCUGAUAGUUUUUAACUGAUCUUUCGUUACUUUGUUCCUUUUUAAACACAGUCAGAAUCGAAAGUGAAUAUACACCUUUGUCAUAUUCUUACUAUAUACAGGAAGAUAUACAAAAUAAUGUAGUUAAUGUAAAGAGUACAAAAAUAAGUGAUAAGGGUAGAUGAAUAUUACACACGUUGACUGACAUACUGUAAUUAAAAUGAUUGAAUUCCUUAAUUAAAUUUUUUUUAAUUAUCGCUGUUCUAUUUCAGUGACUCGAUAUUAAGGCAGAAAAAUUUGAAAUUAAUAAGGGUAAUAUUUGAUGGAGGAUAUUCUAUUAGAAAAAUUUAGAAAAUGAUUAAAUGCUCUGAUUUUCUAUGAAAAUUUCUGGCUAAUUUCGAAGCAAAGGGUGAAAUUGAGUUUGCAAAGUGGAUGAUCAUCAUGGCAGUCAACGUGUUAAUAAUGGUCGAAACGAAGGUCGUUGCAGGUUGAUCAAUCGAAGCAGACCCGUUGUGUUUAAUGACAGGUAAUCGCGGAUCGUUGCAAUCCAUGGGGGUUGAUCGAGGGGUAGGUGUCGCACGCGUGUGUGCCAACACAUUCGGAUACGCCGUCGUGCCUGUUCGUCCCAUACGCGGCGAACUUUCACCCUAAAAAUCGUCGAACGAUUCCGAUCACGCGUUCUCUUCGCCGACGAGCAAAUGAAAUAUAAAUGGUCUUCGUUAAGGAAUAAAUACGAUCUAUUUUAAGGAAGAAAAUCGAUGAAUAGCGACCCAAUUUUCUAGAUUUUUCAACUUACGUCUUCCUCCUUCAGAAAAUUUGCCAGAUGAAUAAUUAUUAAAAGCAGAGCUUUUCUAAAACAUUGUAAGGGGACACUGUAAACGCUACCUAAUCCCAGCAACCGUAUUUAACCCCGAAUAAAUAAAACCCGUGUGAAUGUAAUUCAACAGGCAUUCAUCGAGCUAUCUUUGCCAAAAAUGCUCCGCCUUCUCGGUUGCGACACGUGAAAAUUAAUUAAAAUCCACAAGAAGAGCCCUGGUGAUCGCGACGGAGAUCCUAGAUUUUUUUCUCUCCUCCCUCUUUUGAAUAGAGCCGUAUAAUCAUCUGAAGGAGUUAGUCAGUCGCCGUUUGAAUAGGAAGGAUUCUAUACAUGAAAUAAUUCUGUUUUCUCGUCUGGUUGCAUCCUCGCGCGGCAAGAUCCGCUCGGUUUCUUUUUCUUUUUCUCGCCCCGAACGGAGAGGAGUCGGCCGAGCCUUGAAAGGAUAGCUGGUGGCGUCGCGUGGUAAUUGAAUUUUUCACUCGCCCCGGGCCUUGGUAGACGCGCGAUUCAUUAGCAGUGUAAACCCAGGGGCUGGAAAUUAGGGCGUGCAUGUAAGGUAAACGAGCGAGAGCGAACGAAACGACGAGCAAAUGGAUUAAGCGAGCGCUGAUUCCGUGAACGUGGACGAGUUCUCACGGCAGAGGGAUAGCUCGCAGUUUCGAUUAUCACGGGGAAACGUGUCCACCUUUCCGAAACGACGGGUCUGAUUAAAAUUUUCAUCCCUUAUCUUAUCACCCUUUUUCUUUGUCGAGGGUGUUGUUCGACGGUUCGAAAGUUUGAGAUCAGAUGGAUUCAAAAAUUGCCGGAGUACGAGAUCUUGUUAAUAAAUAACAAUUUUAUCAAAUAAUUUUUAUCCCCGCUGUAUUUAUAACAUAUAGAUAGUAUUGAGAAAUAAAUGAAAAAUAUGCAACCACACCCUUUGUAAUUCAUUUAAUUUCAUAAGAACAUGAUGUCAAAUUUUCGAUCGGAUAUUCCUUUUGAAAAAUUUUCUAUUCUACCUGAAAUUAACUCGAUAUUGAAUAUUGAUUGAAAAUAAUUGCGGUUCUGAAGGGGUUCACGAGUACGCGUGAUCGGACACCGUGUUGCAAAAAUCCGUCUUCCUGUCUACGUGUUUCUUCCGGUUUCUCGCUGUUCUCGCGUGUCCAUCGUACGUGGGCGCACCCAUGGUUAAACGUUGUUCGAGAAUUAUACAUUACGUACAUACGUGUGACUGUGUGUAGAUUAAAUUUCGAGUAAGUGUUUACAAGUAUAAACUCGCGCGCGCGAUAGCCUUGAUAAGCGAAACUCGACAAUUGCGUAAGUGAUAAUCUCGUAAGCGUGUUAAUUACUAUAGGUAGACCCUUCCGAUUGUGACCCUCGUGCCCAGGAUUUGCCAAUCCUUAUUUUUCACCCUUAACACUAUCGACUUAAGUUUGUAAAUAUUUUCAAAAGACACUUGAUUUAGCAAGUCUUAAAAAUGAAAAAAUUAAUUUCAUCAAAAAUAUUUAACACUAGAACGAUUAAAUUACAUAAAUGACUAAUGAGCUAAGUUUCUCCAUCACCUGUUCAUUUAUUUCGAAUUCUAAGCUAAUUGUUCUAGUGUUAAAUAAAUUCGAGAUUUUUUUUUUUCAAUUUUUAUGUUGGUUCAUCAGCCGUCCGGACGUCCAAAUGGUUUCUAUGAAAAAAAAAGGGACGUUUCGUACACGGCCACGGUCUGGGUCACAGUCUUGAAACGCUCAAAUAAAACCAAGUUAACUGUAUCGUCAGAAGCUUAAAGUCUUCCGUGGGGCAUUCCUGACAAUGACGAUUUUUCUCGGGGUGAUCCGCAAAACGGCCAAAUAAAUGAUCGAAAGAAAAGGAACUAACAAUAUAAAAAGAAAACGAAACAAAGAGAGAAAGAAACAAGGGAGAACGAUGAUGUUUAACGCGACGGUAAAUUCGUCGUCCUGUAAACACACCGUCGAUUUACGUGGGAACGUGAAAGAGAAAUGUUAAACCGUCCAUAAAGAGAAUUUACGUAACAUGUACGACGAACGACAGGGAUUUCGUUUCCGUAUCGCAAACGGGAAUUUUCUACUUUACCGAAUGCACGGUUCACUGCGUAGUCCACUCGAGUAACCUGAUUAUUAAUUUCCUUUUUUUUUUUCAAAGGUUCAUUGAACAUUCAGAUUUUCUGUUUAAUUGCUUUUUUAACACCAGGAGACAGUUGCGUGAUGCGAAAGUAACGAAACCGAUUUAUGAUUCGUUUUCUUUUUUUAACCCUUGAACAGCGAAGCCUGGGUCACUCCUGACCCAAACAAGGAUAUUAACUUAAAGUUAAACAUAUAAUUUUUAAACGAAAGAAUAAUUUUUAACGAAACGGUGUAAAAUUUAUGGGGCUCUCUCCAUGGUCCGCCGUCCGAGGGUUAAUUAGCAAUGCCACAAUUCUGAAUUUCUAUUCGAAUAUAAAACAAUUAAAUUUCAAACAAUCAGUCAAUAAUGGUACGAUAAUUAAAUUAAUUAAAGUGAGUUGUCUUAAUUGGACUAAUUAUCGUUACUUUCGCGACAGAAGCAAGUAUCGGUUUCUUAAUUACGUUAGUAGUGGUCUAAAGUGAUCGUGAAUUCUUCCGACAAUCGUGCAUCAAUCGUUUCUUCCAUAGUCGUACGAAUCUCAGCAUAAUUGAAUCACACCAUCAAAGGGGCACGUCUCUUUGCUACGGGACAAUUUUUCACGUUUUCAUCGAGGGAUCUUAGAUUUAUAACAAACACGACGACGAACGAUCCAGAGUGAUCGGUGAUACGUCAUCGAGAAAAAAUAAUAAAAAAAUUAAAAAACGGAGAACGGUCGCGGACGGCGUUUGAAAAGCGGAUUCGAAAAUCGCUUCAGAUACUUUUCGAAAAUCGAAGAAUCUUCUCUGUUGGCGCACACGCACGGUUCCCUCCUGUUUGCUCGUUUAACAGAUACUAUUUGUAACCAUCGCCAGACGUGGUAGAAUUUUGACAGUGCAACGUGACGCACCGCGUUUUGGAAAAUCGUUUUCUCAUUCAAUAUCCUUGCCCACGUUUUGAUCACUGAAUUUAAUCGGUGUUGAUGAAUUACAAGUGUUAAUUGGGUAGACUAAUUAAAAGUCUGGCACAAUUUCAUGACAUAAAAGUAUUACAAAAUACCACUUGUGGCAUAUCAAAUUGAAGCUUAAAAUAUAAUUAAAAUAACUACAUUAACCCUUCAUUGAUAUUCUUAAUACAAAAUGGCUGGUUGCCAGUCAAAGCAAAUAGUGGUUGAUUUUGAAACCUGAAAAGUCUGAUUAAAAUUCAUGACAUAAAAGUAUUCUGAAAUAGCCCUUAUGAUAUAUGAAAUUAAAGCUUAAAAUAUAAAGAAAAUUAAUAACAUUUCAAUCCUAUCAGAUUUUUUAAUUGUUACUUGUAAUUCAACAGCACUUUGAACUUCGCCCUGUCUUUCUACAGAGAGUCAAAUAAACGCUCUCUACAUUUUUUUACGAUAUCGUAGAAUUAACAAAAGGUGGAUAGAAAUUAAGUAUAUUGAUAUAAAACGAUUAUCCAAAACGGUGAGCGGUUUUUAUACAACGGAGCGCUAGAUUUCAUUGAUAGCGCUUUUGAAAGGGAUUCGAGCGACGAAGGCCACGAUAGACACUGGAAAAAGCGUCUUGUUUUCCAAAGAAAAAAAAGAAACAAAUGAAUAAGAAAAAUAAGCGAGAAUGUACGAUCGUCUUUCGAAGCAGAGGGAGGAUCGAUAGGCACGCGGGUAAACCCUUUGAACUCUUUUUCUCCUCGGGAAAAAUUUCACCGUGUUUCCGAUUCGCAGAUUUUCCAUAUCUCGCUAUAAACUUUUCCAUAGUAUUUCGAAAAUUUCCAUCACCCACAUUCGCCCCAUUUUCCAUUCCCUUCGAUUAUCGAACCAAUUAGGAUUUAUAUGAAAAGGGUGCAACCCUAUAGAAACUCACCAGAAUCAUCAAAAGGCACGAAUUGUGUUCGCCACGUGUUCGAAAGCAGGUGAAAACCAUAAAACAACACGCAUGUGGUUCCGUAAUAUCGAACGGAGAAUUUUUUAAAAUCCCGGGGAUGGAAGGGUUGAAGAAGGGGUUGCGAGAUGGCUAUAGGGAUCUCUUCGUGUGUUCGAACGGAUUAAAUCGAAAUCUUUGCUCAACGUUGCAUACGUGUUAUAUAAAUAUAUAUAUAUAUAUAUAUAAAUAUAAAUAUAAAUAUAUAUAAAUAAGAUGAUGUUAUCUUAUAGUGUUGCAAAAUAGUGUUAACUCACGGCCGAGCAAGAAGAAAAUUCCGUGUUUCCGGCCACGUCGUGAUCCGUUGUGUUCAAAGAACGAAGAAGGAUCUUGGUUUUUUUUCGGACUGAAAUGACUAAAUCGAAGGGGAUGAUAUGGAAGAGGAGUGAACACCAUCGAUGCACGGUGGCCGCGAACGAUGUCGAAACGAAAUGAAACGAAACGAAACGGUGGAAUAAAAUAAAAAAGGAGACAGUGUGUAGAUUAUUAAAACCAACGUAAAAAAAAAAAAAAUGGUAACAAUAGUAAUAACGAUACUAAUAACGAUGCUAAAAAAAAAACGCUGUUAAGGAAUAAUGAAGCAUAGUGAAUAAACGAGUAACGGAUAAUAGCACGUAACACGCAGUAAUAAACUACCACUUAAACAAUAAACGAGUUACGAGUAACGUUUAACCCUAAGGUUAAGUAAAACGAGAAAAAAAAAAAUAAUCACGCUGAAUAACAAAUUUAUCGAGUAUUAAUUAAUUAAAGAAAAUGAUAAAAUAAAAUAAAUAAAUAAAAAUGGUACCCUUCGCAAGUAUAUCGAGGCGUUGAACUCUUACUAUGCGACGAUCACGAAACGUUAUUACCGUUGUAUGUGUGUACGGAUGUGUGUUUACGUGCGUAUGUGGGCGUAUAUAUUGUUACCAAAAAAAAAAAAAAAAAUAAAUAAAUAAAAAUAAAGAAAGGGGAAGAGGAAUGAGAAGAAGAAGAAGAGACGAAAGUGACUAGUCGAAGAAAAGAAAUUGUAAACCGUGUAAAACUGAUAGUAUUGUUAAGACAAUCAGACACUUAUUGCUCCCGGCCAUCUUGUGGGCCAUCCGUGAAUAUUUCGUCGAUAAUCGAUUAGAGAAAAAAAAAAAGAAAAACUGGAUCAGAUCGAGACGAACGAGCAGUGGGUGAUAGCGAUUCGUCAACUCGCCUCUGUCGUGUCUCGGAAUGAUUUCUACUGGAAAAUCGAUGGAAGAUCCUUUGACAUUGAUCCCUUGCUAUCUGGGAAGGGAGAUUCGAGCAGGGUGAAGAGGACGAUUCUCUUUUCUUUUUCUACCCCCCUCAGAUUUUCUACGGUUUCAAAAAAACAUACCAACAAACGAAAGAGAGUGAAGGCGGUGAAGCGACUGUGUUUGUAUGAAUUGAUCGAGCUGAAUGUUUUAUUAGGAAUCGACAUUGAGAGCGACAGCAGCUGUCAACCCCCCUUUUUCCUGGGGUGGUUCCAAGGGAAAGGGGUGCACUAUUACAGCGAACAUGUUUAUACAGGAUGUCGGUGGAAAUUGGGGUGAAAUUUAAUAUAUCACGUUUGUGUAAUUCUCCUUCAUCGAAGCGUUGAUUAACAGAAAUAUUUAUUGCGUUAAUGAAUUUUCACGUAAUUUUUCAAUGUAAUUUCAACGAUUGAAAUUUUCUUUAAAUCAUCCACCCUUAUUCCCGAAUUUCUAAAAAUACCCUGUAUGAACGAGGCGCGUAUGUUUCACUCGUGGAACGAGAGACAUACGAGUCCGUUUUCCUCCGUUUCGAAGAAAUCACUGGUUCUUCGACUCGCAUCGCUCUCGUUCCGAAUUGCAAGUCACAGUAAACGUUCAACAUACGAGUUCGGAUCGAACUUAGGGCUACAUAGUACGCACAAAAAGAAAUACCUAGAUGAUAAAGGAACACGUGUAAAUAAAGCUUAAUGGAGGCGGUUUCUAUUUAAUUUGCGAAAUAAUUACGUUUAUUUGUCACGUUAAACGCUGUUAACUGUACGGAGGAAUCAUCGUCCAUCGUGGACAAAACUUUUUUUUGUAUCGAAACGAAGAAUUUCAUGUAACAAAUGAAUAAAAAUGUAUUGAAACAAGAUGCACCUUUGGAAAGCGAAAUUUGCACCCUUUAUUAACCCUGAAAUCUUUCGUCGGAGACGUACCGAUUGGAAAUGGAAGAAACUAGCCAUCCUCGAGGUUGCGAAUACCGUCUUUCGGAGAAUCUCUCCUUUCUUUUCGUUUCCAUCGUCGUCUCCCUGCUUUCGCUCCCUUUUUUUCUGCUGUUUGAGAAACGGGAAGGGUACGAACGUAUAUAUACAUAUAUGCGAUUGGCUGUUACACGCAUGCACACGCUUGACACACUCGUACACUGCAUACACAGACGCGAACGAAGAUAAGAAGAAUUGUUAAAACGAGUGGAGAUAUACGAAGAAACUUACGACGACGAUGAUACAUUGAUAAACGAGUGAAAGAAAAGAAAAGGUGGACAUUGGAACAUUUUGUUAUAUCCGUACGUAGAAUGGUGAAAGGUGUGUUGGAAGGAAGUUAAGAAAAAAAAAAUGAAAAAAAAAAAAA